AUGAAAGAAAUAACUGAUUAGUCCUUCUAUUAUAGGCAUUAUUUUUUUUUGCUUUCAAAAAAGAAUUAAGAAAUACUCAUGGUAACCAUUCGAGCCGACGAAAUUAGUAAUAUUAUCCGUGAACGUAUUGAGCAAUAUAAUAGAGAAGUAAAGAUUGUAAAUACUGGUACUGUACUUCAAGUAGGCGAUGGCAUUGCUCGUAUUCAUGGUCUUGAUGAAGUAAUGGCAGGUGAAUUAGUAGAAUUUGAAGAGGGGACAAUAGGCAUUGCUUUGAAUUUGGAAUCAAACAAUGUUGGUGUUGUAUUAAUGGGUGACGGUUUGAUGAUACAAGAAGGAAGUUCUGUAAAAGCAACAGGAAGAAUUGCUCAGAUACCGGUGAGUGAGGCCUAUUUGGGUCGUGUUAUAAAUGCCCUGGCUAAACCUAUUGAUGGUAGAGGUGAAAUUUCAGCUUCCGAAUCUCGGUUAAUUGAAUCCCCCGCUCCGGGUAUUAUUUCGCGACGUUCCGUAUAUGAGCCUCUUCAAACGGAGCUUAUUGCUAUUGAUUCGAUGAUCCCUAUAGGACGUGGUCAGCGAGAAUUAAUUAUUGGGGACAGGCAGACUGGUAAAACAGCAGUAGCCACAGGAUAG